AUGGAAGACGUUAAGGACUUGGACACUUCUACCACAACUGAUUUUACCGAUGUAGAUUCAGCAGCAUCGAUUGACAGAGACGAGAACCCUUUAUGGAGUGAAGUAUUUAUUAACCAAGCAUCAACAAAUGAAACUAUCCCUGAAUAUUGCUGUGAGAUUUGUGGGAAAACAUUCAAUUCAGAACAGGAUUUCUUCACACAUAAAGACGCACACAAUAAGGAAAAACCAUUCUAUUGUGAAAUAUGUGGGAAAUAUUUUGCAUAUAACAGUUAUUUUAUAAGCCAUCAAAGAAUCCACACUGGAGAGAAGCCGUAUCAUUGCGAAAUAUGUGAGAAAUCUUUCACUCAGAAUUCUCAUCUUGUUAUCCACAUACGUAGUCAUACAGGGGAGAAACUAUUUCAUUGUGAGAUAUGUAAUAAAUCAUUUGUCUCCAACAGUAAUUUAACAAAACAUAGGAGAAUACACACCGGAGAAAAACCGUAUCAUUGUGAAAUAUGCUUCAACCAUUCUGGAUUAAAACCAUAUCACUGUGAAGUGUGUGGGAAAUCUUUUGUGGAUAAUAGUAAUCUAAACAGACACAGACAAACACACGCUAAAGAAAAACUGUUCAACUGUAAAACUGUGGUAGAGACUAAGCCUUUUAACUCUGAAACUUCGGUAGAAGCCAAGCCUUUUAUCUCUGAGACUUUGGUAGAGGCUAAGCCUUUAAACUGUGAAACUUCAGUAGAGACUAAGCCUUUUAGCCAUGAAACUUCAGAAGAGGCUAAACCUUUUAACCGUGAAACUUCGGUAGAAGCUAAGCCUUUAAACUGUGAAACUUCUGUUGAAGCCAAGGCUUUUAACUGUGAAUCUUCGGUAGAGGCUGUCUAA